AUAGCGGCCGUCAGGUGGCACUCCGAUCGAUCAGUAGUGCGCGUCGCUUUCCGCCAUCUUUAGUUGUCGGUUCCGUGGCUGCUCCGAUAGUAGUGAAAGAAUAUUAGAUAGAUAACGCGAAGAUUUCUUUGGAAUUUGAAGUAAGUGUAAUUAGAGAGGUGAGGAGAAACUUGUGGUAAGGUAGGAGAGGAGGAGAGCCCGAGGCAUUGAGUGAGUCAGCCGUUAAAUCGCCGGCUCGUAUCGCAAAGUUUUACGGAAUUGUACUCCGGUGAACCUUGCAGUACGGUGUGGAUAAACUCUCCUGCCGGAACCAUGAGUUAUCAAAUAUCGUCCAAUCAAUCAAGACCAAUGUCCCAUGGAAAUUACCAGGGACCAGGUGAUCUACCUAUGGGGUCAGCAAAAGAACAGACACUGCUAUGGCAACAGAAUUCUUACAUAGCAGAUUCUGGUAUCCAUUCAGGAUCAGUUACACAGGCCCCAUCUCUGUCUGGUAAAGAAGAUGACGAAAUGGAAGGUGAUCCAUUGAUGUUUGACUUGGAUCAAGGAUUUGCUCAAGGAUUUACUCAAGAUCAAGUUGAUGAAAUGAAUCAACAAUUGAGUCACACUCGAUCUCAGAGAGUUCGGGCAGCCAUGUUUCCAGAAACAUUGGAAGAAGGCAUAGAGAUACCUUCUACCCAAUUUGAUCCGGCACAACCAACUGCUGUUCAACGGUUGGCAGAGCCGAGUCAAAUGUUGAAACAUGCAGUGGUUAAUUUAAUAAAUUAUCAAGACGACGCAGACUUAGCCACUAGAGCAAUACCGGAAUUAAUAAAACUCUUAAAUGAUGAAGAUCAAGUAGUAGUUUCUCAAGCAGCCAUGAUGGUUCAUCAGCUUUCGAAAAAGGAAGCAUCCCGUCAUGCAAUUAUGAACAGCUCCCAAAUGGUAGCUGCUUUGGUGCGUGCUAUUUCCAACAGCGAUGAUUUGGAAUCAACGAAAGCAGCUGUUGGCACGUUGCACAAUUUAUCCCAUCAUAGACAAGGUCUUUUAGCCAUAUUCAAAAGUGGUGGUAUUCCUGCACUUGUAAAGCUAUUGAGUUCUCCUAUGGAAUCUGUAUUGUUCUAUGCUAUAACAACGUUACACAAUUUGCUCCUUCAUCAAGACGGCUCAAAAAUGGCUGUACGACUGGCUGGUGGUUUACAGAAAAUGGUUGCGCUACUUCAAAGAAACAAUGUAAAAUUUCUAGCUAUAGUGACAGAUUGUCUUCAAAUACUGGCUUACGGUAAUCAAGAAAGUAAAUUGAUCAUACUCGCUUCUCAAGGACCGAUAGAAUUAGUACGCAUCAUGCGUUCCUAUGAUUAUGAAAAAUUAUUAUGGACAACGUCUAGAAUUUUAAAAGUAUUAUCCGUAUGUCCUAGUAAUAAGCCAGCGAUCGUAGAAGCUGGUGGUAUGCAAGCUUUAGCAAUGCAUCUUGGUAAUCCGAGUCAAAGAUUUGUACAGAAUUGCUUAUGGACAUUACGAAAUUUAUCAGACGCCGGUACCAAAGUCGAUGGACUCGAAGGAUUACUUCAAAGUCUUGUACAAGUUCUUGGCUCAACGGAUGUUAACGUUGUCACGUGUGCAGCAGGAAUAUUAUCCAAUCUUACAUGUAAUAAUCAACGGAACAAGGUUACAGUAUGUCAAGUAGGAGGCGUCGAUGCUCUCGUCCGCACAAUUAUCAAUGCCGGAGAUCGCGAAGAAAUAACUGAACCAGCUGUCUGCGCUUUACGUCAUUUAACAUCGCGCCACGGCGAAGCAGAAAUGGCACAGAACUCAGUCCGUUUGAAUUACGGGAUUCAAAUAAUAGUCAAAUUGCUAAAUCCUCCUUCGCGUUGGCCAUUGGCGAAAGCAGUUAUUGGUCUGAUCCGUAAUCUCGCCCUUUGUCCUGCGAAUCACGGACCACUUCGGGAUCACGGAGCGAUUCAUCAUCUGGUUAGGCUUUUGAUGCGUGCUUACCAGACAACACAACGGCAGAGAACGUCAGUGGCCAUUACUGGUAAUCAACAGGCACCAGCGACGUAUGCGGAUGGAGUUCGUAUGGAGGAAAUAGUCGAAGGCACUGUUGGGGCUCUUCACAUUCUUGCAAGAGAAUCACACAAUAGGGUCAUUAUCCGAUCGCAGAAUGUUAUUCCAAUAUUCGUGCAGCUAUUAUUCAAUGAAAUCGAAAAUAUUCAACGCGUCGCAGCUGGUGUACUUUGCGAGCUUGCGGCUGAUAAAGAAGGUGCUGAGAUGAUUGAACACGAAGGUGCGACAGCAGCCCUAACAGAAUUACUACACUCGAGAAACGAAGGUGUUGCAACGUACGCGGCAGCCGUACUCUUCCGCAUGAGCGAGGACAAACCUCAAGAAUACAAGAAACGACUCUCCAUGGAAUUAACGAACUCCUUGUUACGCGAGGAUACGAAUUUGUGGAACAAUACUGAUUUCGGCAUGGGUCCAGAUCUACAGGACAUGCUUGGCCCUGAUCAAGGCUAUGAUGGUAUGUAUGGACAAGGACCUCCUAGUGUACACAGCAGCCAUGGCGGCCGUGGUUAUCAACCACAAGGUUAUGACCAGAUACCAGUAGAUUCGAUGCAAGGAUUAGAAAUAGGCGGAGGAUCGACAUACGGUGCAAUGGACACUAUGGAUGUGGCGCAUGAAGGUGACCUGAGUUUCGAUCAUUUGGAAGAACUUCCGGCGCCACCCCAGGAUAACAAUCAGGUUGCAGCUUGGUAUGACACUGAUCUUUGAAUCCGUAUCAUCGUCCAAACUCUUCCGAGAGCUACGAUUUCGUGAACAUUUUUCAAAGGGACAACUACUACACAUCAACAAAAAUAAAAACAAAAAAUAAAAAUAAAAAAUAAAUAAAACAAACAUGGAGAAUUUUAAUACAAGACGUACGUUUAUCGCAUCGUCCUGAUAUUUUAUUCUCACCCUGUUUAUCAUUUUCAACGAAAAUUAAUUCUAAAACGUUCGCGCGUUAUACGAUGGUGUAUACGAAAAAAAAAAAAUAAAAUAAAUUGUUAAUGUUAAUUAACAAAUAAUAAAAGAAGAUAAUGUAACGCUCAAAUAUAUAUAUAUACAUAUAUUUAUAGAUGUAUGUAAAUAUAUAUAUAUGUGUGUGUGUGUGGGUUGGAAAUUCGUCAUUGUUGCCGGCAGUCGAUCGCACUCACGACCUGAACAAUUCAAACAAAACAAAUUAAUAAAAUAAACAAAAUGUGAACUAUUAAAUUAAGACGACAUAUCCAGCCGCGAGAGAAAAACUCUUCGUGGAUUUUUAUCAAAUAUACAAAAUAAAUAUAAAGUAAAAAAGAAAAGGAACGAAAGAGCCAAUCGAAGCAUCGAUUUUCUAACUUCCAUUUUUGUUCUUUACAUUGUUUUAUUUUUUAUUUUUAUCUCUUUCUUUUUUUGUUUUUUUGUUUAAAUAAUCAGUCGAUAAAGUUAACACUUCGUAUCGUA